AUGCUCGUCGUCAUCCUGCUCUUGGUCGCAUCUCUUAAGAUCACCUCUGUGGAUCCUACACAUCCUCCCAGCAACUUAAUGCAUUAUUUCUCAAAAAGACAACACCCAGAAAUAAUAUGCAACCUUGAUGGGGAUCCAGGACCAUGCCAAAUUCUUCGUAUCCGGUGGAGCUACGACUCCUGGCUGAAGGAUUGCUACAAGUUUAAAUAUGGGGGAUGUUAUGGAAACGAAAAUAAUUUCCCCUCAUACGAACUGUGCAUGCGCAACUGUCAGGGUGUUGGCAUUGUUGAGAAUAGUGAUAACCAGCCAGGAGGGGUUACAAAAGAUGUUGUUGAAAAUGGUGAGGAGCAACCAAGCGUGAAUAUAGAUGAUGUUGUUGAAAAUGGUAGCGAGCAGUCAGAAGUGCAUAUAGAUGAUGUUGCUAAAAAUGGAAGCGCGCAACCAGAAGUGAAUCCAGAUGAUGUUGAAAAUGGUAGCGAGCAGCUAGAAACGACUACAAAUAAUGUUGUUGAAAAUGGUAGCGAACAGCCAGAAUUGAAUACAAAUGAUGUUGCUGAAAAUGGAAGCGCGCAACCAGAAGUGAAUCCAGAUGAUGUUGAAAAUGGUAGCGAGCAGCUAGAAACGACUACAAAUAAUGUUGUUGAAAAUGGUAGCGAGCAGCUAGAAACGACUACAAAUAAUGUUGUUGAAAAUGGUAGCGAACAGCCAGAAUUGAAUACAAAUGAUGUUGCUGAAAAUGGAAGCGCGCAACCAGAAGUGAAUCCAGAUGAUGUUGAAAAUGGUAGCGAGCAGCUAGAAACGACUACAAAUAAUGUUGUUGAAAAUGGUAGCGAACAGCCAGAAUUGAAUACAAAUGAUGUUGUUGAAAAUGAAAGCGAGCAGCCAGAAAUGACUACAGAUAAUGUUCUUGAAAAUGGUAGCGAGCAGCCAGAAGUGAAUACAGAUCAUGCUGUUGUAAAUGGUAGCGAACAAAGCAGACCGAGUUGGACACAGCUGCUGCGGGAUAUCGCAAGCAGAUAG